AUGUCUUACGAACAGUCUCCUCAAAAGACAGGACUGGCGAGAGAAAUUGUGAAGUGGCUGCAGAGCCUCGACUUGUCAUUUUAUCCUAUGAAUGUGCGCAGAGAUUUUUCCAAUGGUUACCUUGUGGCAGAGAUAUUUUCUCAUUAUUACCCCAGUGACUUCCUGUUGCAUUCAUACAACAAAGGAACAUCACUUUCUGCCAAGCAGGCGAACUGGAGCAGGAUAGAGCGGUCUUUACAGAAGCUGAAUCUGCACUUAAUGAAGAACGUUGUUGAUGGGACCAUCCACUGUAAACCAGGAGCAGCUGAGCUGUUGGUGCAGGAGAUUUAUACCGUUUUAACAAACCGCAGUAUUAGAGAAGUUCAGAGACCAGAGUCAGGCUUCACUGACCAAAAGUACCAGGAGUUGCUGCCCACACUGGCCCGCUCCACGGCCUGCCAGGCCAUUAAGACUAACCUGAAGACAACAGAGAUGAUGGCAGAUCCUGAUAUCUGCACAAACCAGAGGAAGGCGGAGAUCAUCCUCCACAGACACCUGGAGCACAAGGCUGCAGAGAGGGUCUUCAACUCCAGACGUUUUAAAGUGAGGCCAAAACUGGGUCAGCUGGCAGCUGAUAAUCUAGUGACAUCAAGUCGGGGUGACAAGUGCUUUGACAGCCCCUCAUCUGCAGGCACCACAUCAACAUCUUGGUACCCACAGUGUGAAUGGAGCUCAAGUGGCGGAGCGGAGGGGAUGCAGCAGGGGGAGGAGGCUUUAGCGCCUUGUUCGAAGCACAGACAGGAACACGACUAG